UUUGCGCACCGGAAAUGGAGAACUACGAGAUGCUGAAGCAAGUCGGCGAAGGCUCCUUUGGACAAGUAUUCAAGGCCAGGAGACGCGGCGAUAACGCUAUCGUUGCGUUCAAAGUUACGCGCAAGAAAGGACGAACGGACAAAGAGUUGGUGAGCCUGCGACGCGAAUGCGAGGUGCAGAAGGAGCUCAACCAUCCUAACAUUAUUCGAAUGUUCGAUUCUUUCGAGACGGAUUCCAAGUUCAUCGUGAUAACCGAGUACGUGGAGAAGGAGCUGUACGACAUCGUGGUCAAAGCCGGCCGUUUGUCCGAAGAGCGCUCGCAAGUGAUAGCUUGCGACUUGGUGUCCGCGCUGCAUUAUCUUCACACGCGGCGCAUCUUGCACAGAGACUUGAAGCCGCAGAACGUGCUGGUGGACACGAGCGGUGUCGCCAAGCUCUGCGACUUUGGCUUCGCCAGGCUCAUGAGCCAAGAAAUACACGUGCUAAGGUCCGUCAAGGGAACUCCCUUGUACAUGGCGCCAGAACUCAUCGACGAGUUGCCUUACGAUCACAAAGUUGAUCUAUGGUCACUCGGCUGUAUAGUCUAUGAAUUGGUGAGCGGAGUGCCGCCGUUUCAAACGACCUCGAUGCGAUAUUUGGUCAGCAUGGUUCGUCAGGCGGACAUCAAAUGGCCGGAGCACAUAUCCGACAACUGUCGUAGCUUCCUUCAAGGUUUGCUACAGAAAGACCCCACGAAACGACUCGCUUGGCCCGAGCUGAAAGUUCAUCCGUUCGUCAAGGAUCGCCUUCUGAUGGUCGACGAGGAGAACAUUCCUCGUGCGCUCACUUCGCCACUUUCGGCGAGCCAGGCACGGGCCAAGCAGCAGCAACUUCAAAGCCUCGCGUCCCGCUUCACCUACACCUCCAAAAAGAUCUUGGAACGCCAAAUCAAAAAGCUUCAGAGUCAGAUGAUGCGUCGAAGCGGUCACACGACCGAGUCGGAGUCGGGAAGCGCGAGCGUCGACGUGCUGCUGAACAAUUUGAGCCUGAGAGCUUCGCUGAGAAGUGACAUGGUCGCCGCGGAUUUCGCCACUUGUCGCGUCGACUGCCCGAUCGCCGAGGAGGAAGCUGCCGCGGCAGCGGUCGCUCACAACGACACUGCCAAGAGAGAUUGCGCGGUCGGCGUCGAAGAGGCUGAGGAUGUGGCGCAGGAUGCGGCGACUGGCAAUUCGUCGAGAAAUGCAACGUCGGCAACUGCGCCAAAGGCCACAGAUCAGCCUCGGAGAAAAGACAGCGCUGGCCUCGAAUCUGAGAAGAAGCCAUGCGAGGGCGGAGGGCGGCUUGCCGACUGGUCGCCGACGGACAACGAGCAGCCGAUCGAAAACGAAGAGUGGCUGGUAUUUCUGCAACAAUCCAUGGAAGAAGUGAUGGUCGGCGAGGUGGACUCUCUGCUACAAGAUAAUUGCGUGUCCGUGUUCGUCGGCCCGCUCAAAAAUCCGGCGGCAAACUGUCGAGUCGUCGACUUCGUCGCUUGCCUGCUGUCGCUGCCAUACGCCGUCAAGUCGUUGCAGAGCGACAAACUCGAGAAGAUUCAGAGGGUUUACUUGGACGCCAAGGUCGUGCCGAAUCUUGUUUACGCGGCCAAGCUGCUUAUCAGGGACAGCGAGGGCAAUUGGAAGUCCCAUAGCGCGCUGCUGGCUGAUGAAUUGCAGGCACUGGAGCGCGCGAUGACACUGCUGAGUAGACUCGUGCACUUGAAACACGAAUUUCUCGAGCAAUUUUACGACGCGCUUUAUCUCGUGCCCGAUGGGACACUGCUAUUCCAGUAUAUUUUAGGCCUGGACAAGCGGAAAUCGAAAAUCGUCGCCAGCCUCAUCGCUAUACUCAAUCAGAUUUUACGCUCCAAAUCUGGAUUCGUUGACGCAGCGGAGGAUAUUGUCUUUAAAAACAAGCCGACAGAUGCGACAAUCGCGUUGUUCGCGGACUUCAUGACGCACCAACAGAGUAUUGUACGAUCGCGUAGUUGCACUUUGCUCUUGCAGUUGGCGCUCAACUGUAGCAAAACUUUGCAACAAAUUUGGGGCAGGUCGCUGAGAGAAUUGCUGGAAGGGUUGACUGGCGAUGCCGAUAAGUCGGUUCAUGACGCAGCAGUAGAAGCGAUAAAAUCAUUGCAAAAGUUGCCUUUCUACGCCCAAGAACGACAUUCCUCGAGUGCAGCUGUCAGUUGAACGGACAUUUUUUACAAUUUUGUGCACAACUUGUGCCAG